AUGAAUCUAGAGCUUAGAAGUCCUUUCGAAUCAGAUUAUCCUGCAAAACUUGAAGCGACUGUUAGAGAUGGACCUGUUCGCUGUAUCAGCUUUAAUAAACGAGGCACGAUGUUAGCAGGUGGUUGUUCCGAUGGUUACUGCAUAAUAUGGGACUUUCAGUCAAUGAGUAUUAUCCGUAAAAUGAGAUGUCAUGUUAGCUCAGUGACAAGCGUAAGCUGGUCACGUAAUGGUCGCUGUAUCCUCUCGUCUGGUGAAGACCACAAAUGCGUUUAUUGGGAUAUAACGAAAGGCACUCAAAAAUGGAUCCGUUUCGAUGGACCAGUACUUAUGUCUCAAAUGCAUCCGAGAAAUAAUUUUAUUUUCGUUGCCUCAAUAUACCAAGAUUCUCCGGUAAUUGUAGAAAUAGGCGAUACGAUACGUCGAUUUCCAUUACCAACGAAUGCAGAGCCUUUGUCCGACGUGAACAACAGCAGUAUAACACUUUUGGAAGAAACUUACUUGUUACUGAUGUUAGGCAAUAAUACUCCGCUAUAUAGUAAAACAGUUGUUUGUCGAUACGAUAAGCGUGGAAACCGAAUUCUCACGGGGACGAAUAAAGGUUAUUUGAAUGUAAUCGAUCCAAAUACAAGAAGAAUAUUAGACAAUCCAAAACUUAGUCAUUUGUCUAUAAGAAAUAUAUCAGUUAGCCGUAACGGGAAAGCGGUUGCUGUUAAUAUUUCAGACAAAACCAUUCGACUUUAUGGGUUGGACGACGAAGGGAUGGAUAUAAAAUCUGAACUACAAUUUGCGGAAACUGUGAAUAAAGAUAAUUGGAACCAAUGCUGUUUUAGUCAAAAUGGUGACUAUUUAAUAGGAGGUUCUGGAAAAUUAGCAGCGCACGAAAUAUUUAUAUGGGAUAGAAGAACUACCAGGUUGGUACAAGUUCUACAAGGACCAAAUGAAACGUGUAUAGACCUUGCUCAACAUCCUAUUCAACCGAUAAUUAUAUCAGUGGAUGUGGAAGGAACAAUGUAUACAUGGACAACGAGACAUAAAGAAGAUUGGGUUUGUUGGGAUCCAGCAUUUAAAGAAAUUGACGAUAAUAUAGUAUAUGAAGAAAGAGAGGACGAAUUUGAUAUUAUGAGUGAAGAGGAAACAGAAUAUUCCCGAAAUAAUCAAGUAAAACAAGAAGAUAAUGACGAUGAAGAAAUUGACGUAGUAACCGUUGAUAGACCCGCACGUUCCGAUUCUUCUGAUAUAGAAGAUGAUGAACUAAUUUAUUUAGUGGAUUCUGAAGUGGAAAGUUAUAUUAGCACAAAAACACUUGAAACUCAACAACCUGAAAGUUCAACAAGGUCAGGACAUUCUGCAAACAAUAUAGUUGUUUCCAGUAGUACAACUAAUACAAGUAUAGGACUAAAAUCAAAAGUCAAAGGGAAGAACAAAGCACGGAUAGGAAAAGAAUAUGAAGACGUAAACGGAUGGAAAAAGAAGUCUUAUCAUAAUUAA